CAAGGAAAAGGUUACCAAAUAACGGAGUUCAAUAUAAAGCAAAAUCAAAAUGAUUCAAAUUAUGAAUUGGUUUUCAAUGGUCAUAGGCCUCAUACCACUGAAUCGCCAGCAAUCGGAAACCAAUUUUAUUGUUGACUAUGCCAUGAUGUAUAUUGUGCCUGUUUUGUAUAUAGCCUGUUACCUUCUGAUUAACCUGAGUCAAGUUUUUGGGCUCUGUUUUUUGGACGCGUGCAAUAGUGUUUGCAAAUUGAGCAACCACCUCUUCAUGCACCUGGGAGCCUUCCUAUAUCUCACUAUUACUCUGAUGAGCCUUUAUCGACGCAAGGACUUCUUCCUGCAGUUUGACGAGCGAUUGAACGCCAUCGACGCUGAUGUCCAGAAAUGUCAGCGGCUGGCGGAAAUGGACAAGGUGAAGGUCACCGCGGUGAAGCACAGUGUGAUCUACCACUUCACCUGGCUCUUCCUGUUCUGCGUUUUUACCUUUGCCUUGUACUAUGACGUAAGAUCCCUGUAUCUCACCUUUGGUCACUUUGCCUUUAUUCCGUUCAUGGUGUCCAGUUUCCCGUACUUGGCCGGCAGCAUCAUCCAGGGCGAGUUCAUCUAUCAUGUGUCGGUCAUUUCGCAGCGCUUCGAGCAGAUUAACAUGCUGUUCGAGAAGAUUAAUCAGGAGGCACGCCACCGCCACGCCCCCCUCACCGUGUUCGAUAUCGAGAGCGAGGGCAAAAAGGAGCGGAAGACCAUAACGCCGAUUACGUCCAUGGACGGCAGGACGAAAUUUGGCAAUGAGCACAAGUUGGCCGGCGAAAUGAAACGCCAAGUGGGCCAACAAAAGAACGAUGACGACGAAAUGGACACCAGCAACGGCGAGGACGAGGAUGAUUUCGAUUAUGACAAUGCCACCAUCACCGAAAAUACAGGAAAUACCUCGGAGGCCAACUUACCAGAUCUCUUCAAGCUGCACGAUAAAAUCCUGUCGCUCAGCGUAAUUACAAAUGGCGAGUUUGGUCCACAGUGUGUACCCUAUAUGGCGGCCUGUUUUGUCGUGAGCAUUUUUGGGAUUUUUCUGGAAACCAAGGUCAACUUUAUAGUCGGCGGAAAGAGUCAGCUGCUCGAUUAUAUGACCUAUUUGUAUGUGAUUUGGAGCUUUACCACCAUGAUUGUUGCAUAUAUUGUGCUUCGACUCUGCUGCAAUGCCAAUAAUCACUCGAAACAAUCGGCGAUGAUAGUCCACGAGAUAAUGCAGAAGAAACCGGCCUUUAUGCUAAGCAACGAUCUCUUCUACAACAAAAUGAAAUCGUUCACACUUCAGUUUCUUCACUGGGAGGGCUUUUUCCAGUUCAAUGGCAUAGGAUUAUUUGCCCUGGACUACACUUUUAUUUUCUCGACUGUAAGUGCAGCCACAUCCUAUUUGAUUGUCUUGCUGCAAUUUGACAUGACUGCAAUUUUGCGCAACGAGGGCCUGAUGUCGUAAAGCGCCCAGUCAAACUCAAUUACAAAGUUUUUUAAAUUUAACUUUUUAUC